GGAGAGGGGUGGCGGAGGGGGGCCUGCGCAGCGCAAAACUCCAGGGAAAAAAGUUUUAGGGUUCGGGCAUUUACGAGAAAGACGUCCAGAAGGAGUGGCCAAGGUUGGACGCAAGGACAGGAUCUGUUUGGGAGCAUCGGUCUGAACCCACUUGUCUGCUUCCAUCAGGCUCUGGGGAGCAUUUUGCCCCCCCCCGUUCUGGCUCGACAAUGGUCUACAGAAGUGGACCAAGAUGGACCACCCUGCAAAGACUGGAAAAGGACCUGCCGAUUAGUUUUGAACAGGACAGCAAUGGAAUGAGCUCCCACAGAUCUAAGCAGACCCUCUGCAAUGGAUACAGCCACCAUUCCAGCUUAUCCCUUGCCACUCUGGAGUGCCACGCACAGCUAGUUACGGCUGGCCAAAGCUAUCAGACUGGGUCCAGCACUAUGAGGUGGGGCAAGUGUCAGAAGGCACAACACAACAGCGCCUCUGUGAGGGACUGCUUGAAAGAAUGCAGCUUUGUGGCCAACCUACGCCAGACCCAGACACCCCUCCCUUCGAGGAAAUGUGCUCUGGAGUUGCCGACACAGUUCAUAGGUCAAAGAAACUGUGGAGCGCCUGUUUGUGUGGUGGACCAACAAUCUGGCUCUGUUAGUGAGUCGCAGCCUUCUGGGCAGACUGAGGCAAACCAGCACACCUUUGACAAACGCUGCAGACUGAAAUCAAACUGUCACAGCAACCUAGAACCCACCUGUGCGGGCAGCAUUAAAAAGAAGCCGAUGGGACAUGUAGCGGAAGACGAUGAUGGGCCCAGAUCCACGCAAGUUAUCUUCUCUACAGAAGUUCCGCAAGACGCCACUCUUGAGCGCCUUAAAGGCAGGUGUGAUUUGGCGGAAGGGUAUGACUCAAAGAACCGGUCCGAUGCCAUGGGAGAGGGCCUGAGUGGAGAAACAUACAUUUUCACUUCAAAGAAAACACAGAGGGUUCUGCAGGACCAGAUUCGCAGAGUGGUUGUAAACCUGGAGGAAGUUCUGCAAGGCUUGAAGGGCAUCCAUCUAGAGAUGAAGGAGGUGGUCCAACAGAUUGACGUGCUGACCUCCAACAUUGACCUGGGAGAGGAGGAUACAGAAGACACUUGUGGAGGCUCCAGCAGGAGUGCACCUGCAUCAGAAGAGCCGUCGAAGAAGAUCCGCUCCAUCAGGGACAACUCUGGACGCCCCGACAGUCCGUCUCGUAAUCCGUCAACAGUGCCAAGGGCCUACAAAAGGUGCCAGGCAUCUGAAAAAGACCAGCAUGAGCGUAAAAACACUCGUUUGCCCCCACCUGCAUACCCAACUGCUGCAAACAGUUUAGCGCCAACAUCAAUUCUGGGAGAGCAAGAAUGUACAGGAGCCAAAUCGGAGGCCGCUAAAGGGCCUAGGAGCCAGAAGAAGCCCCCUCCUUAUCCGUUCAGCAGCAGAGCUGGGAGGGCAGCUAAAGGGAAAGAUGCAGACCUGAAAACUCCCCCUUACUCGGGCAGGCGAAAACUGCUUUCCACCACCGUGUAAGGGGGGCCGCUGCUUCAGGGCAGCCAGCUAGCAGAAGAUUACUCACCAGCUUUGGAAGAAGCCGGUAUCCAAGGUGACAGGCGCUGUUAAGCAGUCUAGGAUGACCAGACACGCUGAGGAGGAACUGACCAGGAACAGAGGACAUCUAUACAAAGCCCGACGGGUGGGCAUCUCCGAGCCAGACGGAUCAGAGCUCGUCAUGGCGCGUCCGUCCAAUGAUGGUCAGCUUUGAGAGUUCGGCGUGGAAUUUACCAUCGUUAUGGGUCACUGGAAGAGGAAGGAGAAUCGACAAAAUGUGAGGAAGCACAUGAAUGUGACUCAGAAACAGCAGGUGACGAGACAGAAGACUGUACGACUGCUUCUCGGAAAAAAGGAGAAAAAACAAAAAAGGACUGCUGUUCCCCUUCAGCACAAUCGUACUGUGAGCUUUACGUGAUAAGAAGGUGGGAAAUAAAGGGAACUGUGUCGGUACGUUUUUUCUGCAGUGAAGGUGCCUCACCUGUAGAGUCACCUACUGUGUACUCCUCAUUCUUCAGAGCAACAUCCUUUUGACCUCCAACAGCCGCCUGGGACUGAGAGAGAGAGGUGGAGAGAGAGAGAGAGAGAGAGAGAGAGAAAUGAUUGAUGCCAGACAACAAGAAAGCAGUGAAGCAAAGAGGGAGAAAUACCACAAACACCCGAGAAAAUGAAUAGCGUCUGUGGAGCUCUUAUUAUUUCAGAUACAUUCUAUCUGAAGUCGUCCCCCCACCCCCCCAUUACACAGGGGUCUGCCACAAAAAAAAAAAAAUACCACUGUAAGUUGCCUGC